ACCCGUCAGCUCUCGUCUGGCCCAGCCCCAGUCCGCCUGAGUUCAUUUCCCGGCAAGGAUGAAGCCCACCGGAAUGUCACCAUCGACGUCGCUCGCCAACAACAAGAAAUGCUUGGCUUUGGACACUCUUGGACUGAUUCCGCUGUCAGCCUGUUUGAGACAUUGGAGCCAAGCUUUUUCAACAUGGUGAUGGAGGAUCUCUUUGGGCAAAAUGGAAACAAUAUGGCUUUCAUGCGGCACACUGUAGGCUCUUCUGAUCUGAGCGAUACUUACUACACCUACGAUGACAACGGACCAGUCAAUCAAGGAAAACCAGAUCCUGGCCUUCUCAACUUCUCUCUCGGCGCUGCCGGAACUCGCAUGGCUGACAUGAUCGCCCUAAUGGGAGAUUACAAAUCGGAUGUGACGCUCUGCGGCUCUCCCUGGAGUGCUCCCGGAUGGAUGAAGAAGAAUGGCCUGCUAGUCGCUGAUGUUCACUGGUCAGAUGACGGAACAAACAACAUAGCCAACAAUUCCUUCGAUCCAGCGUAUGCCGACGAGUUCGCGAAUUACCUAGCCAGAUAUAUUGACGCUUUUCAAGCAAGAGGAGUGAACGUCAAUGCGAUCUCCCCAAUGAACGAGCCACUGAACUCGCAAGGAGGCUACCCUUGUAUGUACCUCGGCGCUGAAGACGAAGCGAAUCUGAUUGUAGAUGCCCUUGGAUCUUUGAUGAAAGAACGGGAUGUGGAGAUAUGGGCGUUUGACCACAAUACAGACGCUUCUUUUUACCCUUACCAAGUACUUGAAAAGGCCCAAGAAUAUGUACAAGCAGUUGCUUGGCAUUGCUAUGCUCUUCCCGCUCCAGAUUACUCUGUUCUAGCAGAAUUUCGGAGGCGGUAUCCACAUAUUCCUCAGUUUAUGACCGAAUGUGCCAACUACAAGCCUCAAGCUGGGACUUUCAACUUCCAAGUUGCUGAGAACUUCAUGCUUUCCAUCAAGAAUGGGGCUUCUGGAGCUACCAUGUGGGUGAUGGCCACUGACUCCUACUACGGGCCUCACACUCCUCUUGCUGGAUGUGACGGAUGCUUGGGCUCGAUUAUCGUGCACUCUCCAACAUUAUAUACCAAAACCAACGAUUAUUAUAUGAUUGGCCAGUUUUCUCGUUUCAUCCGCCGCGGAGCCAUAAGCUAUGCCACCUCUGAUGGAGGAACGGCGGAGGACCUCUCCGAUAAAGAACAGUUCUAUACUAUCGCUGCACAGAAUCCGGAUGGAUCAUGGGUAAUUGUAUUCAUGAACAAUUACGGGCAAGAACAAAACGUUGUCCUGCAGUUUACAGGUCAGGAGGAGGUGUUUUGGCAAGGUGUGGUCCCAAACGCGACUGUGGUCACCUGGCUCCUGCCU